UGCCGCUCGGCGGUUCCCGUGUGCCAGCAGGCUUCUUCGUCGCUAGCCGAGCCGCGGAUGGCCCAGCCGGCCGGGCGAGAUGGCGGAGAAGGUGCCGAAGAGUGUCAAAAUUGCUCCUGGAGCUGUUGUCUGUGUGGAAAGUGAAAUCAAGGGAGAUGUGACAAUUGGACCCAGAACGGUGGUUCAUCCCAAAGCCCGGAUUGUGGCCGAAGCUGGUCCGAUAGUGAUUGGAGAAGGUAACCUCAUAGAAGAACAGGCAGUGAUCAUAAAUGGCUAUCCCGAGAACAUCACCCCUGAUACAGAGGAUGUGACACCGAAACCAAUGAUCAUUGGCACCAAUAAUGUGUUUGAAGUUGGCUGUUAUUCGCAGGCAAUGAAAAUAGGGGACAACAAUGUAAUUGAGUCCAAAGACCUUCUCGUCUCCGCAGCAUUUGUAGGUCGGAAUGUGAUCUUGACUGGCGGCUGCAUCAUCGGGGCCUGCUGCAAUGUCAACACCUACGAAGUCAUCCCUGAGAACACCGUGAUCUACGGCGCCGACUGCCUUCGCCGAGUGCAGACCGAGAGACCGCAGCCACAAACGUUGCAGUUGGACUUCCUGAUGAAAAUCCUGCCCAACUACCACCAUCUUAAGAAGACCAUGAAAGCAACCUCCACGCCUGUGAAGAGCUGAAAAGUUCCUUAGGUGGCUGUCAAAAUUGCCACAGGGACGUCGCCUCCUGCUUUCAUGUCUUCAGGAACGAACCUUUGGCUUACAAGCGCCUUCCGUUGUGCAAUCUCAUUUUUAUUUAUUCCAGUGCUUUAAAAAAAACAGUGUAUUGAUGUAUUCUUAAGGUGCUUGGUCCAUUCCUUUCCCAGUGUAUUGUUUUGCCCGUUUCAUCCUAAAUGAUUUAGAGGAAAGAAAGUUUUCAGUAGUAUGAGGGUGCCUGAUUUUUAGCACUUUUUUUACUGAUUUCAGCAGACUAAAACACGAGUUCAGUAGAAGCUUAAAGAUUAACAAAACAUAAGCUUUCCUGCAUCAUAGCUCACUUCACAAGCUGUAUAUCUGUCAGGCUGAUUUAUAUACACAGUAGGAAAUACUUAAGCAAAAGCUUGACGUUCUCGUUUAAAAUAAGAACAAUUAAAAGUGCUUAACUUCUACCUAGAUCAUGUGUGUUUGAUGCACUAAAGAGGUAGCAUUUGUCUCCUUUGUAUAUGCAUCACUCAUGCAAAGAUGAGUUCUUAAAUAACUCACCUAAUAAAGUAUUUAUAACUUCC